GGCUAACGCCGGACACCGCCAAGAUCAGAUUGUGAGUUGCAGCAGUACGGCGAGGCUAGCGGAGAGCGGAGAGAGAGCAAGGCUAACAAAAAAAACUGCUAACUGGUGAGGCGCUCCGGGGUCUGAUUAGUGAUAAAUAGACGGAGCUUUUCUUUUCAGCCUGAAGCUUUACUUCCCCGGUCCUCUGGGAUCAUGGCUAAAGAUGCUGGUCUGAUUGAAACAAAUGGUGAGCUGAAGGUUUUCAUUGAUCAGAAUUUGAGCCCCAGUAAAGGUGUCCUGUCUUUGGUUACUGUUCAGCCCACCGCGCUUCCUUUGGCUAAACAGCUACUGCCCAAAACCCUUGGGCCGUCCAACGUGAACAUUGCUCCACACAUGCAACACGUGCCACACAUGGUUAUUGGAACACCUCAGAGACCCACUGUUUCCAAUACCAUACUGGUAAACAGCCCACAUACACCCAGCUCGCAGUUCCUUACUCAGAGCCAACCACCAGAUGCCUCUCCAUGGUCAUCAGGGAAGCGUGGUAAAAAAGGGGAAAAGAAUGGGAAGGGCUUGAGGCAUUUCUCAAUGAAGGUGUGCGAGAAAGUGCAGAAGAAAGGAGUCACCACCUACAAUGAAGUGGCAGAUGAACUGGUUGCAGAAUUCAGCUCCACAGACAACCACAUGUCACCCAAUGACUCACAUGUGUAUGACCAGAAGAACAUUCGGCGGCGUGUAUACGAUGCACUCAACGUGCUCAUGGCCAUGAACAUUAUCUCUAAAGAGAAGAAAGAAAUCAAAUGGAUUGGCCUGCCUACCAACUCUGCACAGGAGUGCCAAAACCUAGAGGUGGAGAGACAAAGGCGGCUGGAAAGAAUUAAGCAGAAACAGUCACAACUUCAAGAGCUGAUAUUGCAGCAAAUAGCCUUUAAGAACUUGGUGCAGCGGAACAGACAGACAGAGCAGCAGACAAACAGACCCCCUCCACCCAACUCUGUCAUCCACCUCCCCUUCAUCAUUGUCAACACCAGCAAGAAGACGGUCAUUGACUGUAGCAUCUCCAAUGACAAGUUUGAGUAUUUGUUCAACUUCGACAGCAUGUUUGAGAUCCACGAUGACAUCGAGGUGCUGAAACGUAUGGGCAUGGCGUGUGGUUUGGAGGUGGGAAAAUGUUCUCCAGAGGAUCUGAAGGUGGCACGCAGCCUGGUGCCCAAAGCCCUGGAGCCCUACGUCACAGAGAUGGCAAAGGGUCCCAUCAGUAAUGUCUACAUCACUGGAGGGUCCUCUGCUAAUGGAGCCCGUUACCCUGCGAGCAGUGAUAGUGGUGCUGAUGGUACCAUGGCUUCCAGUUCUAACGACUCUCACUACAGCGGGUCUCGUGUGGAGACUCCAGUGUCUUACAUGGGGGAUGACGAUGAGGAGGACGACUACGAUGAAAAUGACGACGAAGACUAACCUGCCUCUCAGCGCCUCGCCUCUCCAACAAGCACAGUCCUUCAAACCACCGUCACCAAUGGGGUUUUAGUCCCCUUUCCUGUGUGCUCCUUGAAACCUUUGUCCUCUUUCCCCUACUUGUAUUUCUCUCAGUCUGGCUUUCUCAGGGGUGUAGAUGAAUAUUGAGAGUAACAAAGGUGCCUGUUGCACCCUCGCUUUUCUGCUCCUGAAUCAGAUGUGCACCUGCACCACAGCUCUGGGGGAACUGUAGUUUAUGGCCUGGGCACCAUGCUGUGAAGUCUUUGUAUGUCUAAUCCACUUCUCAAUAAGCCAUCCCACUGAACAAUAAAGCAGAAACCCUCUGUACAACCCACUGCUGUUGGAGAAUGUAUAGUGUACUGUGUGUGAAAUAGUUAUCCCUAUUAUGUUACGAUUGCAUUUGGCAGACCUUAUGAUACAGUGUUCCAAGAUGGCCAAAGUGUCUGCUGUGACAUGCUCUGUCAGUCAACUCCACCGAUCCAGAAUGGCCUAUCACAGUUGCCAUGGCAUCCCAGGAUGGGGCUCCAUCACACGUUGAUGCUUAUGCUUUUUUUUUUUUUUUUUUUUUUUUUUUUUUUUUUCCGGUUUAGUUUGGACAGUAAUUUGGAACAAUUUCUUAUCCCCCACUGUGUUGGGCUGGCUUCAUUCUGUUCUGUAGGCAGCUGCUUUCCUGAUCAUAUUUGCUUUUUUUUGUUUUGUUUUGUAUUCUGGAGUUGUUGAGGAAUUCUCCAUCACCGCCCUGUCACACCUUGGUAGUGUUUACAUAUGAAUGGCACCAGCAAGGUAAAGACCUCCAUAACCCAGGCUCCCUAUAGGAAAAUAAGCUUUGUUUGUUAAUUACGUAUAUGGAUCCUAUGAUGAUUGUAGCUUAUAGUAUCCUUUAGAAGCCAGUGGUAAAGGUAGACCUGAAAAUUAUUGAUGUAUGAAAUAUGUGGUUGUAUAGGUCUUUAUGUACUCCCUUGAAAGAUCUCCUUUCUAAAACUGAGCAACACAUGUACUGACUCUUCCAAAUACCUUUUUCUGUAAUCUAAUAUAAGUUUGCAAAUUAAAUAUAGAUUGUUUUAA